AUGCACCAGAAUGUUUAUUGCAGCCCAAUUCAUAAUAGCCAAGACAUGGAAACAGCCCAAGUGCUCAUUGACCCAUGAAUGGAUUAACAAAUUGUGGUGUAUGUACACCAUGGAAUACUAUACAGACAUAAGGAAAAAUGGAGACUUCACAUCUUUUAUGUUUACCUGGAUGGAGCUGGAACAUAUUCUUCUUAGUAAAGUAUCUUAAGAAUGGGGAAAAAAAGUAUCCAACGUACUCAAUACUACUAUAAAAUCAAUAUAUAAUCACCUACACAUUCAUAUGAAUGGCAAAACAUAACUAUAGUCCAGAAAGUAGAAGGGAAGAGAGAGGAGGGGAGGGGGACAUGGGAGGAGGGAGGGUAUUUGGAGGGACCUCACAUUGGUACAUUUCAAAACUACUAAGAAAUGAACAUAAUUGUCACGGAUAUGUUACUUAGUUCAAUGUAAGCAUUUCACAUUGUAUAUCAGGGCAGUACACUGAACCCUGUAAAUGCACCAAUAUACAAAGUUAUGAUUUAAUAAAAAAUAAUAAUUAAAAAAAAGGAGGGAUAAACGACUUGGGAUGAUGAGUCUGGGCUCAGGAAGUCUGCCCUGGGGCCUUUAAAAUCUCAGCUCCUUUGCCUCGCAGAAAAUUCAUCAUUUCUGGCAGCCAACUCAAAAGUUAAGUAGUUAAUUAAAGGAGAGGAUUAUAAAAAACACGCAAAGGUCAUUUAAAUUAGCUCAUGACCCGGACUGCAUCGCGGCCGCCGCGCUCACUCAGGGGUCCUCGCCUUUUCUGACUCCUCCCCUCCCGCGGGCUCCCCGCUCCAGCAACGGGCCUGCGCCGGGACGUGCGGACUGGAGGGACUCCUGGGUUGAGUGUCGCGGCCGCCCAGCUCAGACAGGGCCCAGCACCCACAGCGCUCGGUGACUGUGUCAGGCAGGUGGGCAGACCUGAGAACGCUGAUUACAGCUCCGGCGGGGAGUGAAGGGAGGGGUGGCAAGGCAAAAUCCUUAGGCUCCGAGACCACGUUAAGAAAACAAGUCCGCGGGCGGCACCUGUGGCUCAAGGGGUAGGGCGCCGGUCCCAUAUGCCAGAGGUGGCGGGUUCAAACCCAGCCCCGGCCAAGAACCAAAAAAGAAAACAAGUCCGCGGCGGGGUCGCGCUGAAGCCAGAGACUCACCACACACCUUCCGGCCACUCACAAAGAUGGCUGCCCGGGCCCCGACUCUCCGCCCCUCACUAGCAUGGCCACGCCCGCGGAAGUGACGCAGCAGGAAGUUUGGUUGGGGCGCGCGGGAGCCGGGCUCGUGUGCAGUGGUGGGCUGCGAAGCGGUGGGAUGCUCCGAGCUGUGCGGUUCCCGGGCGCCUCGGUGCUGCUGCUGCUGCUGGCGGCCCGAGUGGUGACGGCGUUUGAGCCCAUCAGCGUGGGCAUCGCCAUCGGGGCCGUGUCAGCCCUCACGGGCUACCUGUCUUACAAGGACGUCUACUGCCGCUUCGCCGAGUGUUGCCGCGCGGAGCAGCCGCUCAACGCCUCGGCCCUCAAGCUGGAUUUGGAGGAGAAACUUUUUGGACAGCAUGUGGCCACUGAAGUGAUUCUCAAGGCACUGACUGGCUUCAGGAACAACAAAAGUCCCAAGAAACCAUUGACCCUUUCCUUACAUGGCUGGGCUGGCACAGGCAAAAACUUUGUUAGCCAAAUUGUGGCUGAAAAUCUUCACCGAAAAGGCCUGAAGAGUAACUUUGUCCACCUGUUUGUGUCGACUCUGCACUUCCCUCAUGAGCAGAAGAUAAAACUGUACCAGGACCAGUUACAGAAGUGGAUUCGUGGUAAUGUGAGUGCCUGUGCGAACUCUGUUUUCAUAUUUGAUGAGAUGGAUAAAUUGCACCCUGGGAUCAUCGAUGCAAUCAAGCCAUUUCUAGACUACUACGAGCAGGUGGAUGGAGUGUCUUACUGCAAAGCCAUCUUCAUCUUCCUCAGUAAUGCAGGUGGGGACCUUAUAACUAAGACGGCUCUUGACUUUUGGCGGGCAGGAAGAAAGAGGGAGGACAUUCAGCUGAAGGACCUGGAACCGGUGCUAUCUGUCGGGGUCUUCAAUAAUAAACACAGUGGCCUGUGGCACAGUGGACUCAUCCACAGAAACCUCAUCGACUACUUCAUCCCCUUCCUGCCCCUGGAGUACAGACACGUGAAGAUGUGUGUGAGGGCUGAAAUGAAGGCCCGGGGCUCUGCCGUAGAUGAAGACGUUGUGACAAGAGUGGCAGACGAAAUGACAUUUUUCCCCAAAGAUGAGAAAAUCUACUCAGAUAAAGGCUGCAAGACUGUGCAGUCACGGCUAGAUUUCCACUGAGCUCUUACCCAGAUGGGUGAAGAGGCACCUGGGAGGCUCAGCACCCCAGGGGCCUCGCCUUUCAGAAACACUUUGAAGACCUCUUCAGGGUUUUGCACAUACGAACUUUUGGGAUGAAGUUUCCAGAAGUUGAAACCUGACAAUAUGGUCAUCUGUCCCAUCUGCCUGUCGUUUUGUAAUGUAACAGCAGUCCAGCUCUUUGCAGUUGAAGAUGAACUUUUAAAACCUCGUUCACACUUAACCAUUACUCAUCUUGACAAAAGUGCCUGAAGACAGCUGUGUCUGGGAGGCUCAAGGAUCCUUUGUGACCCAUAGUGCCCGCACUUCAGAAGCUCCUGUCAGGACUAAAGAGGAAGCUGAGGAGCAUUCACCCGCUGAAAACAUUCUUCAGCUGUUGGGUUUUCUUUACACAGAGAGCCUUUGCUGACUUGACUGAAGAAUUUUCAGAGUUGUUGGGGCCUGCAGGAUGGGCAUCUUUGGGGGUGUGGCCCUGCAUGCUGAGCACCCUUGACCUGGCUGAACUUUGCUCAUGUGGGGUGGGGGUUCCAUC